UGGAAAGCAAAAACAAAUAUGGCGGACGGAAUGACACAACAUUGUGAUCUGUGUAAAAGGUUGCGAUUGUCGUUACAUUGGCAUAUAAAGUCGAAAAAUAUGACUGCUGUCGUUCAAUUAAUCCUUGCAAGUCUUACUGGUGUCGCAGUAGCGUUAAUCGCAACCUACCUUCCUUCGAUAUGGCGACCAUGGUUUGGACGACCUUCCCUGGAAUCAUACGCACCCGGCUUCAAUCUUGUUUUAGCACCGCAGAAAGCUUUGGAAGAGAAACGUAUGUUUUGUUCCUUUCUUUUGCUGCCAUAUAUUUGGGUCGAUUUUGUAGGCGAGAGGUCAGCUACACUUAAUUUAAAAGCAGUCGGCUUCUUUUUGUAAAGUUAGAAUCUUACUCCUUCGUCCCCCGAUCGCCAUAAGCUUAAGCUCUUACGUAAGCUUAGAGCAAUCCUGUCUAAGCCUUAACAGGCGUCAUUUGCGUUAUCCUACUUUUUGUAUUAUUAAGACGGUAUCGUGAAAUUGCAAUGUUUUGCUGAAUACGUUGAUUGAUCCUACUCUGUUAUACAAUACAUUUUUUUUUUAAUUUUGUGACUCUGAUCACUGUGAACCGUUGAUGUUCUCAUAGUUUGAUACAAGCUUAAAUGAAUGUAGUUUUUCUAGCAGUCUACAAGAUAGACUGAAUAAAGUAACAAGUUUUUUUGUUGCUUGCUGAAUAUGGUAUACUAAUGCUAAAAAUAUUUAAAAAAGACCAAAAGAUUACAGUCAGGUAUGAGGACCUCUUAAUGGGGGGAGGGGAGGUACGUAUGUCCCCAGUCUGAAUUUCAAAACCUGCUUUUUUGCGUAUUAAAGAGGAGGCUAUAUCCCUGGUGGCAUUUCACUAUACUUGUAUUUAUGAUCGUCCUGGUAACUGAUGCAGUUUCAACCUAUCUUUGUGUCAUUUGUCAUCAUUUUAUGUGUCUUGUGUCACUGCCACGUUGCUUGACAGAAAUUUACCCCAACAGGGCCUCAGGUAUGUCAUUAGGGGAAACGUUUGGUUAGUGACUAACACUGCCAAGCUGCCAAUCAUAUUUUACAUAGGACCAUGAAAGAGUUCGUAUCUGUUCAGAGCGGAAAAUUAUGGUGAAGAUUCAUCAUCAUCAUCAUCAUCAGGUCGAGCUAGCUCGGGCAUUCAUGAGCCUAUCACACCAUCCAUCGCGAUCCUGCAACAAAGCAGGGAGGUCGUUUGGAAGGCAUCCUGUGUCUCAGCAGAGUUGGCUUUUACCAUGGUUAGGUGACUAGAGCAGUAGAUUGCUAGCGUGUUCUUGUUUUACUCGCCAGCAGUCACCUGCAAAGUGCAUUCUUUGUUCACAUAACAUUGUAGAAAUGUCAGGGAUGGUGAAGAUUACCAUGUAGAAAUGGUGGUUCUGUCCACUGCAGGUGGUGUUAAAAAAGUGUUCUCAACAAAUAGUAUUAAAUUUAUUAAGUUGAGUAUUUUUUUUCCAGCUCCAUUACAUGGAGAAGCCCUUCAGGCACUUAAAGUUGCUUUGGAAAUGUUAAAUGAUGGAAAAAGAGACAAAGCUUUGAGACUGUUUAAACAAGCUGAAGCUUUAUCUCCUCAUCAUCCAGACAUUUUACUACACUACGGGGAAUUUAUUGAGGAAGAAGACAUUAUCCAUGCUGAGCAUCUUUAUGUCAGAGCUCUAGCAGUGAGUCCUGGCAACUCCAGAGCAUUAGCUAACAGAGGAAGAACAUUACCUAAAGUGCGGCAACUUGAUCAAGAAAUGCUUGAUAAGAUUGAUGGCAAAAGGGAUGAAUUAUUUCGCAUCCCAAAAGGAAGCCUGGCUAUGAAAAGAGCUGUUACUGAGGCCUAUUAUCAACACAUUUACCACACAAAUGCCAUUGAAGGUAACACUAUGACUUUAUCAAUGACCAGAGCAGUUGUUGAAACAAGAAUGGCGAUAUCUGGGAAAAGCAUUUUAGAACACAAUGAAGUGUUGGGACUUGAUGAGGCCAUGAAAUUUAUCAAUGGAUCUUUAUUGCAAAAACAAGAGAAAAUUACAGUAGAUGAUAUUCGUGAAAUUCAUAGACGGGUUCUAGGACAUGCACAUCCCUUGGAAGCUGGGAGAUACAGAACGACGCAGGUUUACGUCUCGGACCAUGUUCCUCCAAGUCCAGCAGACGUUGAACAUCACAUGAAUGAGUUUAAUGAUUGGCUGUUAUCCAGAGAACCAGAAAUGCUGCAUCCGAUUGAAUUUGCAGCACUGGCUCAUUAUAAACUUGUUUACAUUCAUCCCUUCACUGAUGGCAAUGGAAGAACUGGAAGGCUUGUCAUGAAUUCUAUUUUAAUGCGAGCAGGAUUUCCUCCUGUUAUAAUACGCUAUCAAGAUCGGCAUGACUAUUACGAGUUCUUGAACAUAGCCAAUCAUGGAGAUGUAAGGCCUUUCAUAAGAUUUGUUGCCCGGUGCACUGAAAGAACCAUAGAUGAGUAUUUGUCUGUGACAACUAUCUAUCCAGUUGGGCACAGUAAACACCCAGAGCUUACAGAUGCUCAUGACCUAAAUCAUGAAGGUGAUGACAAGUGGCCAAGAUUAAAGCCAUAUAUAUAGAGGAUAUUACACGCUGGCGCGAAGAUAUGAAUUUUAUUUUCGAGUGGCAAAACAAUAUUUUACGAAUGAGCGCAGCGAGUGAGUAAAAUAUUGUUUUUGCCACGAGAAAAUAAAAUUCAUAUCUUCAAGCCGCUGUGUAAUGUUCUUUUUAUUAUAUAGACAAAAUGACAUCGAUAAAAUAAUAGAGGGAAAUUACCAAAAUUAUGUCAUCGAUAAACUCACGUGUGAGAUUAUGGAAAAUAAACCACUUGGGUCCCGGAUGUAGUUUUUAUGAAUUUUUUACAAGUGGCAUAUUUUGCAGUAAAACACUCAUGUCUAUAUAAUAAAUGACAUUAUAGUGUUGAUAUUUAUUACCUGAUAGCAUAGCAAUCCAGUCACAGAUAUAUGGUGUUUUAAAAUUCAAACCUCUCGCUCUUGUUUUGUUGCAAAUAAUUCUUUUGCUAAAAGCUAUGUUUUCUUAAAUUCAUGUCAAAAUCAGUGAAUCAGUGGUACGAUAUAGGAAAAUAGAAAUAGAUGGCAGUUUAGUUCUCUUAUUUUACCAAAGUUGAAAUACAUAAAUACUUCAAUAAAUACAAGAAUGGUAAACUCCCAAGGAGCCCCAGAAGAAACUAAGAGGCUUAUAUGCAUGAAGAUGUAGUUGGCUUGUCCCAUUACUGUGAGGUAUUGCUGAUAAUAAAUUUUAUUAUUCUUAACAAUUUUUUUCUAUUACAUCCCAAGGUCAUUGUUUCGGAGACUUGAAUUAUUGGUGAACUACAGUCUAGCUUGAUCUUUUUUCCAGCAAUAACCUGGCUUCUUUUUUUGAUAUGAGUAAAUCAAAUGCAAC